AUGGCAAUGCCGGCGGCAAAGCUUCUUAUGUUUCUUUCUCUCUUUGGAGGCAAACCUGGCUCAGCUGCUGCUCUUGAUAAUUGUGUUUUCUUGGGGGAAGAAGAGAAAAACAGUCUGUAUGAAGAUGGAGAUGUUGUUAUUGGGGGCUUAUUCCCUCUACACUACAGCCCUGUGUCUUCUCUUCCAACAUACAACACAAAACCAACAGCUAAUAUGUAUAACUUCAGCUCUCGUGCCUUGCGCUGGAUGCAGACUAUGACUUUUGCAAUCAAAGAGAUCAACCAGCGCAGCGACCUCCUGCCACAGCUCAAGCUGGGUUUCCACAUCCGUGACAGCUGUGAUGACAUACCUGUGUCUCUGAGAGCAUCUUUGCUGUUGGUGAACGGCCAGCCAGAGAGUGGCUCCAGAGCCGAGAGUGUGAACAGAGACAGAGAAAGUCCUGAAAGUAACAUAAGUUCUAAUUUAGGCUGUGCUGCUCUACAAAGGACGUUGUCUCCAGUAAUCAUAGGAGACGCUGCUUCUGGCGUGUCUAUGGCUCUGCUAAGAAGCCUGGGUUCUUUCCAUAUCCCCCUGGUGAGUUAUUUUGCAUCCUGCAGCUGUCUGAGUAACCAAAGGGAGUUCCCCACAUUCAUGCGAACCAUGCCUAGUGAUGCCUUCCAAAUCAAAGCGCUAGCCCAGCUGGUUAGCUAUUUUGGCUGGACCUGGGUUGGAGUCAUUGGAGUGGAAUCUGAUUACGCUCGAUUUGCCAUCCAGCUCUUCCUGCAGGAGUCUGUGCAGUAUGGUGUGUGUUCUGCCUACACUCACUUCUACCCAGUUGCCCUGAGUCAGCAGGCUCUAGAUGAGCUUCUGGAUGUUAUUCAGAUGGCGUCCUCAAAGGUAAUCAUAAACAUUUCUGGUGAGUCAGAGAUGCAGAGUAUUCUAAGAGAGAUCCAACAUCGUAAUAUAACUGGCCUGCAGUGGAUCGCCAGUGAGGCUUGGGCCACUGCUAAAUCACUCUGGGAAAAGUUUGGAGAUCUCCUGAUGGGAACAUUAGGUUUUGCAAUCCGGAGAGCUGACGUGAUUCCAGGGCUGAAACAACACCUCACUAGUCUAUCCUAUAUUCAUGAAUCAGCUUUCCUGGCAGAAUUUUGGGAAGAAAUGUUUAACUGCCAUCUGAAUGGGUCAGUGAACAGGCACUCUCAUGGGGUCGAUAACUACUUUGACAGACUGCCAUGUAAAGGGACAGAGGAGUUAAAUGAUGUUUACUCUCCUUAUUCUGAUGUGACACAGCUAAGAGUGUCCUAUAAUGUCUACAAGGCAGUGUAUCUUGUGGCCCAUGCCUUGCAAGAUAUGAGUAACUGCACAGUCGGACUGGGGCCUUUCCUGAAUGGCACCUGUGCAGACCCAAAGAAUUUUAAACCUUGGCAGCUAAUCUACUACAUGAAGCGUGCAAAUUUUUCUGCGCUGGGGGAGAAAGUCAACUUUGAUCAAAACGGUGACCCCAAUGCUUAUUAUGAUCUCAUGAACUGGCAAAGGAUGCCUGACGGCUCAUUACAUUUGGUAAAAGUAGGUUUCUACGACGCCUCCUCACCUUCUGGACGCACCCUGGUCAUAAAUGGCUCAGUGAUUCAGUGG